AUGGCACAAUCGGUCGGCUCCUUCUUUCAGUCGUUCUGGCACACAAUGACCUCGAACGACCGCCAUGCUUCGCACGACUCCCCGUACCGGACAGGGCGCCACAUCCCUAUCCCACAGAGCCGUCACAGCGCCCUCACAUCGAUUGCUACCAGCGGCGUUGACUCUCGAGUCGACCUGUCUUCCCCAUACGCACACGACGACAUUGCGACCAGCAAUGGCUUCAUUGGCUCGCCCAAGGGCCCCAUGUCGCCGAGCUCGCCCUACUCUCCUGGAAUGCGCGGGUCGCUGAGCCGCCAAGCAACGGUCGACGCAGACACGUUCGACAAGGGUCCCAACGGCGAGAUCCAGAUGCAGAACUUCAACGAGGGCCUGCCUCCACCACCGCCUGUCUCACACUCUUGGAAGCGCAUUGACCGCUGGGUGGAGGACCACUACGAGGAGCUCUUUGACAACAUCUGCGAGGGCGCUACAGCAAACGAUGUCAACGAGCUGGAGCACGAGCUUGAUGCUACACUCCCCAUGGACAUUCGCGAGUCGCUCCAAGUUCACGAUGGUCAGGAACGCGGUGGUCUCCCUACUGGUGUUCUGUUCGGCCUGAUGUUGCUCGACUGCGAGGAGAUUGUCAUGGAGUGGAAGAACUGGCGCAAGGUCGCUGAAGAGUACCUCACCACUAAGCCUGACUACCGAUCCCCCCAGAUUCCCGUUAAGGCCUUUGCUGGCUCUUCCACAGCACCUCCGAUUGCGCAACCUCAGGCGACCGGCAACCCUCUUUGGCGACAAGACCUGCAAGCUCGUCAGGACUCGCAACCGCCGAACGCCAUCCAGAAGGCCUACGCUCACCCUGCCUGGAUUCCUCUGGCUCGCGACUGGGGAGGCAACUACCUCGCUACUGAUUUGGCGCCUGGUCCUACUGGAACUUGGGGUCAGAUCAUCAUCUUUGGCCGAGACUACGACUGCAAGUUUGUUGUUGCACGCUCAUGGGCUGCACUCCUUGCCAUGAUCGCCGACGACAUGGCCUCGAAUGACGUUCACAUCGACGAGGACAGCGGUGAGCUCAAGCUCCUUGCCUUCAGGAAACAGAACGUCGAGCCGCCAUAUCUCGAGAUCCUGCGCUGGCGGUGCGACCAGAAGCACGGCCGAAGGCCAGUGAACAAGCGCCGACCGAACAGCGGCCUGCGCAUCAACCCCAACGCUCCGGGAGGUGUUGUCCCCAGCUCGACCGCCAGCAGUCCCUACCACAGCCCAGUCAUUGGACCUCAAGACCGUGGUCGCAGCCCUCACCGCCUAUCGACGAAGCAGAAGGGUGUCAGCCCACGAGGCAAGCUAUCCAGCCCUCUCGCGAGAGUCGCUGAGGAGCACGCCCAGCCCAUCCGCGUACACACCGAUCUCGAUGCGAAGACCAAUACUGCAGCGGACAAGCUGAUCUCGAUCGACACCCCGAGGCCGAGCGACGACUUUCCCGUUCGCGCCAGCUUGAGCAGUGACAAGGAGAACAAGAAGGAGACCCAGGAGGAGAAGACAAAGCCUGUCUCGCUCAAGAGCCCAAUCGCAGAAACCGAAGACCUCAAGACGGUUGAGAUAUAG